AUGUCAGAAACUCCAUGGCACACAGUUACCAUACGAGUCCCCUUUGCAAAUCCAAAACACGCAACGAUAGCAAUGCAAGUGAUUAAUGUGGAUCCAGAACUUCAGCGAGAAGCCGUCAAACGCACUUUGACCGUGGACGGUAGUGAUCUCGUCGCGUCAUUCGCAACUUCGACUGUUCGACUGGCGAGGCUGACGACGAAUGGCUUUCUGGAGAAUGUAGAUCUAGUCGCCCGAACUAUCGGCGAGUUUGGAGAGGACUCGGAACGAAAAUGA